AUGGAUUCUAAGCUCGACCGACUCAUCGGUUGGCAACAGGAUAUCAUCAACGAGGUCCGGAGCAUCCAGAAUACACUGGACGAGCUUCGAACUACUACCGAAACACUUAUGGAUGAACAACAACAAUUGCGAAAAGAAAACUAUGAGCUGCGGCAGAUGCUGGAGAAAAACGAAGCAGAAACUAACCAAAUUAAGCAGGAAAAGUUGCUGAAAUCGUUCGAAAUAUCUAACAUCCCCGUAUCUAGUGAUGAAGACCUUCUGAACAUUGCUUCAAAGAUUUGUGAAUCAUUUGGCGUAAAUUUGGAGGCUACUGAUGUGAAGGAAAUCUUCAGAGCACCAUCAAAUAGUUCUUUGAAGUCGCAAAUUCCUCCAUCAAUAAUUGUUAAACUCAAAAGCAGGGAGAAAAAGGAAAGCAUCAUGGCUGGUAAAAGAAAUUCACGAGAUCUUUCGACAAGGGUCCUUGGCAUGCCAAACAAAUAUCCCAAAGAAUAUAAUGUGUACAUCAACGAAUCAAUGACAAAACGUUACAGAUAUUUGUUCAAGCUCGCUAGGGAUCAAAAACGCGAUGGAAAACUGAAGUAUGUGUGGUUCCGUAAUGGCAGAUUACUGGCUAGGAAAACCGAAAAAUCCAAAGUCAAGGAAAUAACCUCAUCAAGUGUACUGAAUGACAUCACAAAGUGA